AUGGUGAAGCUCACUUGCGCCCUCGCAUACCUCUGCUGCCUUCUCCCACUCGCCCUGGGCUCCACCGUGCGACACACCAAAGUCCGCAUCGAAAACAAGUCGUCCAUGCACCUUUCUGCCGUCAAGGUGAACCACGCCUACGGCACCAUUUUCGGGCAGCGCAACACAGAAGAGCACACGUGGACCAAUGUUGCUCCAGGCGCAACCACCGAAGCCUCGAUGGAAGUCGAAUACCUGACUGGACACAUGGGAGCGGACUGGUGGCAGGUCGGGUGGACCGUACUCGGCGAGCCGAUGACCGACGGUGCGAGCAUAGGAAAGAUAAAGUUCCGGACGACCAAGCCAGCCAACGCUCAGGGCUUAGUCGACGAGUUCAUGACCGGGCUGGGAGGCGUACUCCUUUUCCAAGUUAACAAGAUGCUCAGCGACCCGAUUGCCAAGGCGGGAAUGCAGUGGGCGACAGUCCUCAAGAUGGCGGCUGGCACAAUCAAACCGACUGAUAUCUUUUUCCAAUUCGCAAAGGCCGCUGCCGGGAUAAUCAUGGCGAAACCGGAAGAGGCCGGGAACAAGAAUCUGGUCGGAUUCAAGCAGUGCACGCUUACCCGUGGCGACCGAGACGACAUUGUCGACAUCCGCAUCUACGAUAAGGAGGAGCUUCAGAUUAGCCCUGCGGACUCGUCCAACUGCGACACUGUAUGGAAGUUGGUCACCGUUCCCUGGAACCCCAACGGGCUCAUGAAGCGUGAGGCUGUUGCGACACCAUUCAAGGCGUAG